UUGCGGCUCUCCCUUUGUCUCGGCGCCUGUUGAGGGAGCGGGCGCGCGGGGGGAAGUGGAAGUGGAGCUGGGGCUCGCGCCACCGAGUGUGGGGGAACGGAGCCGCGGCCGAGUCCGAGCCGAGAGCACCGCGCCCGUAAACCGGGGCCGUCCCUGAGCCGGGAGUGGUGGUGGCGGUGGUGGUGGGGGAUUGAGGGUUGAGGCAGUGAGAGUGAAAGCCGGGGCCGAUUUGUUGUUAUGGCGGCCUGGGACCGGGAGCGCGGCUUCUCCAGUGAGGAGCUGUUGUCGCUGCGCUUCCCGCUGCACCGGGCCUGUAGGGACGGCGAUACCGCGGUUCUCCGCACUCUCUUGGCCGCCUCCUCCCCCACCGACAUUGGCGUCGAGGACAACUUCUACGGGUGGACCCCGCUCCACUGGGCCGCUCACUUCGGCAAGCUGGAGUGUGUAAUGCAGUUGGUGCAGGCAGGAGUUGGAGUCAACAUCGCAACAUCACGAUUUGCACAGACUCCAGCCCAUAUUGCAGCUUUUGGAGGGCAUCCUCAAGGCUUGUUGUGGCUGAUCCAAGCAGGGGCAGAUUAUAAUAUGCAGGAUGUUGUGGGUGAAACCCCUGUCCAUAAAGCAGCACGAUCAGGAAGUUUGGAUUGUCUAAAUGUCCUUGUAUCUCAUGGGGCUAAAACAGAUUUAAGAAAUGCAAAUGGGUUGACAGCAGCUGAGCUUGCCCUGGCUCAGGGCUUCCAGGAAUGUUCCCAAUUCCUAUGCAGCGUGCAGAACCAUCAGCUAAAUGGUUUCUAUACCAAUGGCAUCGCCAGUGGUCUUUACCGGGAUAACCUGAUCACAGACGGCCUAAAUGGCUACACAGGAACCAACCGGAAGAGAAGCCAUGAGGAAUCUGAACGCUGUGGAAUCAAGAAGCCUAGAACUGAUGAUAUGGAUCACUGUAACUACAUGGAUAAAGUGUUGACCAUGCAACCUGUCACAAAUGGAUCCUUCCAUAGCUUGCGCUACUCUUCGGUUCAGGAGAACAGAAUGAGUGAUGCCUGUAUUGGAGGAGCUGCGGAAUUGACUAGUGGCUUCGGUAGCAUCGCCAACCAGAUCCUUUGCAAUAAAAGUGGCUUUCAGUCCAAUGGAACCACGCAAAACACAGGGAGCACCCAGCCCCUGUCGGAAAUGUGCGGCUCGCUGCACCACAACGGAAGCCCAAGCAGCUGUGUGGCAGUCAAACCAAUGUUGCCAUCUUGCCACGGAAUCGGAAGCGGAAGCCUGGAAGACUAUGAUCCGCUCCAAUAUGGCCACUAUCACGGGUUUGGUGACACAGCCGAAAGCAUUCCUGAUAACAACAGCUUCAUGGAACAUUCUAGCUCUGUUAAAGUUGAGCAGAGCUAUAACCAUGCCGUUUACAGUGCAGUCCACCUUUUCCAUGGCUCGUAAAGUUGGGCUGCUGGUUCUUAGGUGGUGGGUUGUUGCUGGUAUAACCUCACUGGCUUCUGUAGUUGUUCACUGAUUUUUUUUUUUCUGUUUUAUUUGCAGAAAUAAGCAAAAUGCUUGAACGUUUUUUGUUUAUACUUUUAUAUUUAAAUUUAAAAUGGUUUUGUCUUGGUAAAUUGUACCUUUAAUUUAGAUUCAAAUGUUAGAAGGAACAGGAGAGGCCACUUAGUCCUUUGAACCUGUUUGAGAAGAAUUGUUUACUGGCCAAACAGUUAAUAUUUGUUCCUGGUGGCUUAAAUUGAUUCAAUAAAAACACGGAAACAUUUAUAAAUAUCACUUGCUAUAAUGGGAUAAUUAAUAUCAUUUGAACAUUUUGGAUGGAUUCUGUCAUGGCAAAGUACAGGCUCCUGAGAUUUUUUAACUUCCUACAAAAACUUAACAGCUUUUUAUGUCCAUGAGGAAAGGAAAUGUGCCAACUUACUGAUCUGCAUGCGCACGUGACUGAAUUGUGCAUGUAAAUGUGCAGCAGUUAAAUAUUUCACAGCAACUUGGAAGAGACAGUCUUCUGUUUUAGUCCAGACAUUACCAUUUUAAGUUCUUUGCCAGGUUACAGCUUAAAAAAAAAGUAGAAUUUUUUCUGAAAACUUGUUGACAUGUGUUGAGGCUCAAUGUUUACAUGUUUUUAUUGUGAUGAAAAGUGGAUUCAUUUUUUUAAAAAUUGUAAUUAAUCCUUUUUUUGAUAUGCUGCAUGACUUAGAACUUGAGUUAAUUGCAAUCAUUUACAUCAGUUAUUUUCAGUCUGCAAGAUUUUAAGCAGCUUUCCGCAUAACUUUUGAUGCUGUUUUGGUUAAAUCAGCAAGAAAGUCAAUAUUUUGCUUUUUUUCAAAAUGGAAACAAUUUUGUGUUUCCAUGCCAUUAUAAAUUCCAUAAUUGUUAUGUUUGCCUGUAAUAGGAAAGUGUAUAAUUCCAUCAAUUAUAUCCUUUAAUGACAUGCAUUAAAAGGCAUUAUCCUUGUCAUUAUCGCUGCUUUAUUGCAUGAUCCAUAUUUUUCUUAAGAUGCAUCAGAAGCUUUUACUUGUUUUUGUAAAACAUUUGGUGUAUUUCAGAUUUAAUAAAGAUUUUUUGUUUUCUCAAA